AUGCGCGCGAGUGGUAGACCCUCCUUUCUCCUGUGCGGCGCCGUCCACCCAUCGCCCGAGGUGCUGCGGCGCGUUGAGUUUACGCUCGCGGCCAAGCGCGCCAAGGAGGCGGCGCGCGUGUCGCGCGGCGGCAAGGGGGACGUCAAGGUGUACACCAUACCCACGUACGUGUACAACGUCGUGUCGACAGACGGCAGCCGCGGCUCGGUGCCGGAGGGCGUGCUGCGCGCGCAGGUAGACGCGCUCAACCAGGCGUACUCGACGGCGGUGCUCUGGCAGGACAUGAGCGAGUCGACGUCGGCGGCGUCGGCCGGCAUCCAGUGGAAGUUUGACCUGCAGUCAAUCACCACGGUCAAGGCCGGCGACAUGUGCGACGCGGCGGUGGAGAAGACCGUCAAGGCGGCCAACCGGAAGGGGGGCAAGGGGGCGCUCAACCUGUACAUAACCGACCUGUCGAGCUGCGGGCUGCUCGGCUACAGCAGCUGGCCGUGGGAGCUCGCGCCGCAGUCGGGCAAGGCGGACGCGAAGGUGCUCGACGGGGUGGUGAUCCACCACGAGACGCUUCCUGGCGGCAGCUACAAGCCCUACAACAUGGGGCGGACCUGCAUCCACGAGACGGGCCACUGGAUGGGGCUGUACCACGUGUUCCAGAACGGCUGCAGCAAGGGCGGGGACCAGGUCGACGACACCCCCUUCCAGUCCUCCCCAACGGAGGGCUGCCCCAAGAGCCGCGACUCGUGCCCCCAGCCGGGGGAGGACCCGUUUUGGAACUUCAUGGACUACACCGACGACAAGUGCAUGAAGGGGUUCACGCCGCUGCAGCACAAACGGAUGGCAGAGUUUUGGGAGCUCCACAGGGCCCAGCGGGACUGA